AUGGCCAUCAAAUCAUUAGACUUCCGCCGCUAUCGCAGCGACGAUGCGCAAGAGCGACAACAAUUCUGCGAUGAACUCUGUGAAACGCUCUGUGUCUAUGGAUUUGCUAAGAUUCGCCACUCGUCACUUCCAAAAGAGAAGAUUGACCAACUGUUCGAAUUCAACAAGCGAUUCUUUGAUCUCCCAGAUGACAUCAAAGUGAAGGCAGCGCACCCGGCCGCGCCGAACCCCCAUCGAGGCUGGAGUGCCAUUGGCCAAGAGAGCGUGUGGCAGAUCUCCAAGUUCGAGCAAGGCGAGCAGCAGACGGACAGUUACCAGGAAUAUCGGGAAUCCUUCGACCAAGGCGCUGCCACCGACGAGCUCUUCCCCAACCGUUGGGUCGACGAGACCGACCUCCCCGGCUUCCGCCCCUUUAUGGAGGGGAUCUACGACGACUUCCACGAGCUGCACGGCCACCUCGUGCGCGCCAUCACCGCCGGCCUCCGGCUGCCCGCCGACCAUCUCAUCGCCAAACACCAGAGCAACACUAGCGAGCUGCGCCUGCUGCACUACCCGGCUAUUCCGGCGCGGUCGAUGGGGUCCGGCAAGCGCAUCGGCGAGCACUCCGACUUCGGGACGUUGACCCUGCUCCUGCAGGACUCGGUGGGCGGGUUGCAGGUCGAGGAUCAGCGCCAGCUGGGCAGCUUCAUCCCCGUCGAGUCGGAGAACGUGUACGAGGUGAUCAUCAACGUCGGCGACUGUCUGCAGCGCUGGACCAACAAGCAGCUGCGCUCGGCCAACCAUCGCGUCUGUCUGCCUCAGGGGACUGAUGUGCACUCCACCGCGAUGCUGGCCCCUCGGUACUCGGUGGCUUACUUUGGGAAACCGGAUCGUGAGGUGCUGGUCGACACCCUGCCGGCGUUCGUGCGGCCCGGCAUCAAGUCGGCGUACAAUGAUCAUCUGACUGCGCUGGAAUAUAUGCAGCAGAAACUGGUUCGCACUUAUGGCUGA